AUGGCUUCCCAAGAUAUCAAAAGUGAUUUGGGCCAAUAUUGGAAUAGAACAAGCUCUAGAAGAUUACGUACUCAGUUACCACAGUCUAGCAUUGAGGAAACACCUAAUUUCACAGAACAUACUGUGUCAGAAGGAUCGAGCCUAACAACUCUAUCAACCCCAGAAUCGAUUUCAGAUUUUGAGUACUCAAAUCAAGAACUUCUUGAAUCCAACACAGUCAUGGGUCCAAAUCUCCAAGAUACACCAAAACGAAAGGCUGGUACAGAAGAGUCGCUGCCAAAUUCCCAAAAUGCGCCAAAGCGAAAGGCUACAGAGGAGCCCCCUACUUUUCCAGUAUCUUCCAAAAAGAUGAAAAUGAGUGAAACCGAGUUGACCGACAAUUUGAAAAAGACCAAUGCAGAACACCCUGCCAACAUUAACAUUAUACCUUUUCCAGAAAAACCCGCAGUGAUCGAAGAGCGAGAGGGUGAAAUUGAUUUUCGAGUUGUUAACAAUGACGAUACGAAUGAAAGUACUAUCAUUCUUUCGGGGCUGAAAGGCAUUUUUCAAAAGCAACUCCCCAAAAUGCCAAAGGAAUAUAUUGCUCGUCUAGUGUAUGAUCGAAAUCAUUUAUCUAUGGCAUUGGUAAAGAAAGCAACACUAGAAGUAUUAGGAGGGAUUACAUAUCGACCAUUUGAUGAUCACGAGUUUGCGGAGAUUGUUUUUUGUGCUAUAUCAUCCGAUCAGCAAGUCAAAGGAUAUGGUGCACAUCUGAUGAACCAUCUCAAAGAUUAUGUCAAAGCUUCCUCCAAAGUCAUGCAUUUUCUUACCUACGCCGACAAUUAUGCUAUCGGAUACUUUAAGAAACAAGGAUUUACCAAAGAAAUCACUCUACCAAAACCUCUCUGGAUGGGUUAUAUCAAAGAUUACGAAGGUGGAACAAUUAUGCAUUGCGAAAUGGUUCCCAGAGUUCGCUACCUGGAAUCAAACCGCAUGAUCGUUAAGCAAAAGGAGGUAGUCAAUGCGAAGAUUCUCGCCUUUAGCAAAUCAGACGAAGUUCACGCACCACCCAAACAAUGGAAGAAUGGCGCAUUUCCAAUCGAUCCCAUGUCGAUCCCAGCUAUCCGCGCAUCUGGUUGGACACCCGCCAUGGACGAAUUAGCUCGCCAACCUCGUCAUGGACCAAAUUAUGCUCAACUUUCUCGCCUCCUGAGUUCACUUCAAAAUCACCAGAAAGCUUGGCCAUUCAAGGCACCUGUCAAUGGUAACGAAGUCGCGGAUUAUUACUCUGUAAUUACAAACCCGAUGGAUUUUGAAACUAUGGAAAGAAAACUCGAUCAGGAUUCAUAUGAGAAGCCAGAAGAUUUCGUCGCGGACGCCACGCUCGUUUUUUCCAAUUGUAAAAAAUAUAAUAACGAUUCCACGCCAUAUGCAAAGUGUGCGAAUAAGGUGGAGAAGUAUAUGUGGAGUCUCAUCAAGGAAAUUCCAGAGUGGUCUUAUCUUUUGGAUAAUUAG